AUGGCCAUCUACACGCCCUCGUCCAGCUCCGAGGCCGAAUCCUCCAAGAUGGAAGUGGUGCACUUCAGCAACGAGUUUCCUCGCGACGACCUCCAGACCCUGCUCCGCAACCUCUACAACCACAGCAAGGGGAAUCGUCAUCCGUUGUUGGCCCAGUUCUUGGCCGAGGCCACCCAGGCCAUCCGCGACGAAGUGAGGGCCCUGCCUAAGCCGCUCCAGGAACUGAUCCCGCCCUUCCGAGACAUCCUGGCCUGGGCGGAUGACCGCGAGCUCCGGGAAGGGCUGCUCUGCGGGUCGGUCGAUGGGGUUCUUCUUUGCGUGGUGCAACUGGCCACAUAUAUUGGAUAUGCGGAGACGCACCCGAACGAGCUGUUCAACUUUGCCCACACUUGCCUGACCGGCCUGGGCAUUGGCCUGCUGUCGUCGACCGCGGUGGCCCUGUCCCCCAGCCUGGCCGAGCUCCCUCUGGCCGGGGCCGACGCGGUGCGCACGGCAUUCCGGCUGGGGGUGUUGGUGGCCGACGUGUCGUCCGACUUGGAGGCGCGCGAUCCGCACGAGGCGCCGGACACGUGGGCGUACGUGGUGCACCACGUGUCGCCGGAGGAGGCGCAGCGCGAGCUCGACGUCUUCUGCGCGCGCGAGAACCUGCCGGACACGGGCAAGAUCUUUGUGAGCGCGGUCAGCCGCACGUCGCUGACGGUCAGCGGGCCGCCGUCGCGACUGGCGAACCUGUUCAAGCGGUCGGCCUUCUUCCGCGAUGCGCGGUCCAUUGCGCUGCCGGUGUUUGGCGGCCUGUGCCACGCCAGCCACGUCUACAACCGGGGCCACGCCCAGACCAUUGUGCGCGACAGCGGUGCCCACACCUGGAACCAGCUGGAGCCGCACCGGCUGAUGCCCAUGAUUCCCAUCUACUCGACCAGCACGGGCAAGCCGUUCCAGGCCGAAACCGCCGUCGAGCUGGUCGAGCAGGUGGUGCUGGAGCUGCUCACCCAGCCCAUCAUCUGGGACCAGGUCAUCGCCGGCAUCGUGUUCCGCGCCACCGGCACCAACACCUCCGAGUGCGCCAUCUACGGCUUCCGCAACUCGGUGCCGGUCAAGGAGCUGUCGGACGCCCUGGCCGACCGGGUCACCGAGUUCAAGGUGACGGCGGUCGAUCUGAUCCCGUGGGUGGCCGAGGCCGGGCCAGGCGCAGGGGGCGACCCCUUGUCGAAAGGAACCAAUGUCCCAGCCAGGCCGCGCGGACCGGCGCAGGCCAAGAUCGCCAUCGUCGGCAUGGCAUGCCGGCUGCCCGGGGGCGCCAAUGACCCAGAGCAGUUCUGGCAGGUGCUCGAGCAGGGGCUCGACGUGCACCGACGCAUCCCGGCGGACCGGUUCGACGUCGACAGCCACUACGACCCGACGGGCAAGCGGAUGAACACGUCGCCGACGCCGUACGGGUGCUUCAUCGACGAGCCGGGCCGGUUCGACGCACCGUUCUUCAACAUGUCGCCGCGCGAGGCGCAGCAGACGGACCCGAUGAUGCGACUGGCGCUGGUGACGGCGUACGAGGCGCUCGAGCGGGCCGGAUAUGUGGCCAACCGCACGGCGGCGACCAACCUGCACCGGGUGGGCACGUUCUACGGGCAGGCCAGCGACGACUACCGCGAGGUCAACACAGCGCAGGAGAUCAGCACGUACUUCAUUCCAGGCGGGUGCCGGGCGUUCGGGCCGGGCCGCAUCAACUACUUCUUCAAGUUCUCGGGCCCCAGCUACAGCAUCGACACGGCGUGCUCGUCGAGCCUGGCGACGAUCCAGACGGCGUGCACGGCGCUGUGGGACGGCGCGGUCGACACGGCGGUAGCGGGCGGGAUGAACAUCCUGACCAACUCGGACGCGUUUGCCGGCUUGGGCAACGGCCACUUCCUGACCAAGACGGCCAACGCGUGCAAGACGUGGGACGCCGAGGCCGACGGCUACUGCCGCGCCGACGGGGUCGGGUCGGUGGUGCUGAAGCGGCUCGAAGACGCCGAGGCCGACAACGACCACAUCCUGGGCGUCAUCGUCGGCGCCGCCACCAACCACUCGGCCGACGCCGUGUCCAUCACCCACCCGCACGCCCCGUCGCAGGCCUACCUGUACCGCCAGGUGCUGGCCCGCGCUGGCCUCGACCCGCUCGACGUCAAUUUUGUCGAGAUGCACGGCACCGGCACCCAGGCCGGCGACCUGCAGGAGAUCACCUCCAUCACCGACGUCUUCGCCCCGGCCGCCGGCGCCCGCCGCCGCGCCAAGGACCAGCCGCUGCACAUCGGCGCCGUCAAGGCCAACGUCGGCCACGGCGAGGCCGUCGCCGGCGUCACCGCCCUGCUGAAGGUGCUGGUCAUGUUGCAGAAGGGCGCCAUCCCGCGCCACGUCGGCAUCAAGACUCAAAUCAACCCGGGCUUCCCCAAGGACCUGGCCAAGCGCGGCCUCUUCAUCCCCUUCGACCAGACCCCCUGGCCGCAGGUCGCGGGCCGGAAGAAGAUUGCCGUCGUCAACAACUUCAGCGCCGCCGGCGGCAACACCACCGUCAUCGUCGAGGAGGCGCCACCGCGGCCGGUCGAGGUCGAUAGCCCCCAAGAUCCGCGCCCGACCCACGUCGUGGCCCUCUCGGCCAAGACCAAAGUCUCGCUCGAGGGCAACCUGCGCAAGCUCCAGACCUACCUCGACACCCACCCGGAGGUGUCGCUGGCCGACCUGUCGUACACGACGACGGCGCGCCGCCACCACCACAAUCACCGCGUGGCCGUGGCGGCGGCCGACGUCAAGGGCGUCAAGAAGUUCCUGGCCGCCCAGCUGACCGGCAGCGGGCUCGACGCGCACAAGCCGAUCCCCAAGGCCGGCGCGCCGCCCAUUGCCUUCUGCUUCACGGGCCAGGGCGCGUCGUACAAGUCGAUGGACCUGGAGCUGUACCGCGACGUCGCGUCGUUCCGCGCCACGAUCCAGCAUCUGGACGCCCUGGCCCAGCGCCAGGGGUUCCCGACCUUCAUCCCGGCCCUGGACGGCUCGUUCCCGCGCGACCACGCGCACUCGCCCGUGGUGACGCAGCUGGCCCUGGUGUGCUCGCAAAUGGCGCUGUCCAAGUACUGGGCGUCGCUGGGGGUCAAGCCCGACGUGGUCAUGGGCCACAGCCUGGGCGAGUACGCGGCCAUGUACGUGGCCGGCGUGCUGUCGGCCAGCGACGCCAUCUACCUGGUGGGCCGGCGCGCCCAGCUCCUGGAGCAAAAGUGCACGCCGGGCAGCCACCAGAUGAUGGCGGUGCGGGCGUCGCUGGCGCAGAUCCAGGACGUCGUCGGCUCCACCCCCCUCGGCUACACGGUCGCCUGUAUCAACGGUCCCCAAGACACCGUGUUGAGCGGCACCGUGGCCCAGCUGGACGCCGUGACCGGCCCGCUCGAGGCCGCCGGCCUGCGCUGCAUCCGCCUCGACGUGGCCUUUGCCUUCCACUCGGAGCAGACCGACCCGAUCCUCGACGAGUUCGAGCAGAUUGCCCAGACGGCCGUGCUGUUCAAGCCGCCCACCCUGCCCUUCAUCUCGCCGCUGCACCGCAAGGUCGUCUUUGACGAAAAGACCCUCAACGCCAGCUACGUGCGCCAGGCCACCCGCGAGACCGUCGACUUCCUCGCCGCCCUGGCCGCCGCUCGCCACAUCGACACCGUCGGCGACGACACCGUCUGGGUCGAGAUCGGCCCCCAUCCCGUCUGCUGUGGCUUUGUCAAGUCGAGCCUCCCGACCAUAGCCCCUGCCGCUGCUGGUGCUACCCCUGUCACCGCCGUGCCGUCGUUCCGUCGCGGUGACAACAACUGGACCACCAUCGCCCAGGCUCUUGCCGCCCUGCACCUGGCCGGCGUCGAGGUGGGCUGGACCGAGUUCCAUCGCCCGUUCGAGUCCCGCCUGCGCCUGUUGGACCUUCCCACCUACAGUUGGAACGAGAAGACUUACUGGAUCCAGUAUAAUGGCGACUGGGCCCUCACCAAGGGCAACACCUACUACGACGCGGAGAAGAAGGCGGCCGCGGCAGCAGCAGACCCCCAGACAACCGUGUCGGUCUACCGGCCCAGCAGCAUCAAGACCUCGACCGUCCAGCAGAUUGUCCACGAGAGCUUCCAGGACGGCUCGGGCGUGGUGACCAUGGAGUCUGAUCUGAUGCAGCCGGAUUUUCUUGCCGCGGCCCAUGGGCACCGGAUGAAUGGAUGUGGUGUUGUGACAUCGUCCAUCCACGCCGACAUCGCCUACACUCUCGGAGAAUACCUGUUCAAGAAACUGACUCCCGGCGCCAAAUCCGUCGACAUGAACGUGGCCAACCUCGCCGUCAGCAAAGGCCUGGUGGCCAACCAGAACACGGACAAACCGCAACUGAUCCGAGUGACGGCCAGCAUCGCCAACAUUGCCGACCGGGUGGCGCACCUGCACUGGCAAAACGUGGGCUCCAGCUCCGGUUCGGACGACGACGUCUUCGCCACCGCCACCAUCUACUACGGCGACGCGGGCGAAUGGACCAAGUCCUGGGUGCCGAUGACGCAUUUCGUGCAGAGCCGGAUCCAGGAUCUCGACCAGCUGGCCAGCCAGGGCCGGGCCAACCGGUUUUCGCGAAACAUGGCGUACCUGCUGUUCAAGAACAACCUGGUCGACUAUGCCGACAAGUACCGCGGCAUGCAGGCGGUCACGGUGCACGGGCUCGAGGCCUACGCCGACGUGCAGCUGAGCACGGAAAAGGGCGGCGUCUGGACGGUGCCGCCGUACUUCAUCGACAGCGUCGCCCAUCUGGCCGGCUUCGUCAUGAACUGCUCCGACGCCAUCGACACCGUCAAGGACUACUGCGUCACCCCGGGCUGGGCCUCGAUGCGUUUCGCGCGCCCCUUGACCCCCGGCGCCAAAUAUCGCUCCUACGUCAAGAUGAUCCCCACCGCCGACGACCCGUCCGUCUACCUCGGCGACGUCUAUAUCUUGCAGGACGAUGUCGUCGUCGGCCUGGUCGCCGCCAUUCAGUUCCGCAGAUACCCUCGCAUUCUGCUCAAUCGCUUCUUCUCGCCGCCUGACAAAGCAGACAAGCAAGACAAGGUCAACCAGAAGGCUGUUGCUGGUGCUGGUGCUGGUGCGGCUGUUGGUCCCACUAUCACUAAUACUGGUGUUGGUGCUGCUCCAACUCUUUCUGCCACUCCUGCCACUCCUGCACCUACUACUACUGCUGCUCCUGCUGCUGCUCCUGCUCCUGCUCCUGCUCCUGCUCCAGCCCCCGCCCCCGCCCAGGCUCCCCCCAAGGCCGACGAGGCCCCCAAGGUCACCGUCACCGCCACCGCCACCGUCACCGCUGGCGCUGCCAACACCGUCGUCGCCUCUGCACUACAACUCAUCGCCAACGAAGCCGCCCUGGAGCUUUCCGACCUCACCGACGACGCCAGCUUCACCGACCUCGGCAUCGACUCCCUCAUGUCGUUGGUUCUCUCGGAAAAGUUCCGCUCCGAGCUGGACAUCAAGGUUGGCGGUACUCUGUUUAUGGAUUAUCCCACCAUUGGCGACUUGAGGGCUUGGUUGGAGGAGUAUUACGCCUAG